AUGCCGUUGUGGUACAAAGAAACUGAAUCAAGUUUCACACAGGGACCAGGCAGGUACCAGCUUAACACUGAGUAUGAAACUUUGCUCAGUGAAAGAGAACCUGUUAAAAUCGCUGUCAGAGAUCUAAAACUUGAAAAUCGGGAAUUAAAAGAAAAGUUAGCACAGUAUGAGAAGAAGGUGUCAGAUUUCGAAGCUGAAAGAGAAAACUUAAAGAUUGAAUCCAGAAACCUGGUUAAUCUUAGAGCUGAGCAUUCUAAACUCAAGGAUGACUUCAGGAACCUCUUUACAGCAAGUGACAGAUUAAAGAAUGAGUACAGAAAUAUGCAAGAAGAAUAUAGAAAUCUUAGAAGUGAAGUUACUCAACUGAAAUUAAGAAAUACUGAGAUCUCUGGAGAAGUUAACACAAAAGUUGAGAUUAUAACCAGUAUGGAAUUAGAAAUUAAUAAGACUAACCAACAUUGUGAAAUGUUAAUUCAAAUGAAUAAGAGUUUAGAUGCAGACAGGCGUUCUUUGAUGGAUCACGUGUCACAACUGUUGACUCAAUAUCACGAACUACUUGCUCAUUCACUAAAAGAUAAACAGCAUUAUCAUGAAGAAGAAAAAAUGUUUGCAGAUAAAGUGAAUGCCUUAUGUCGUCAAAAAGAAAAAUUAGAAGAAAAAAUUAUGGAACAUUACAAAAAGUUGGAUAACUGUACCACAAAAAGACGUGGCUUUGGUGCGUCAUUUGUGAAGAGGGUGCGGAAAGCUGGUACAGAUUUGAUUAAUAAAGUACCAACAAGAAACAACAAACGAAUUGAAGACGCCAGUCGAUCGAAAUCUCAGCUUACAUUGGCUGGAUCGGAAUCGGGUGAAUCAGAUCCUGGUAGCCAAGAGCUAGAAAAAAUAUCGAAAAAUUCUGAUCAAGAUCAAGGUUCUUCAAAUCCCAGUGCGGAAUCCCCCAGACACAGCAUAGAUUCUAGUUUCACAAGAAGGUUCGAUGACAAACUUUUGAAAAAAUCGGAUAACAUUGACAUGAGUGGAUCAAUUCCAAGUUUGGAUUCAACUAGAUUGACCAGUGAAAGUAAUUUUGUGCGGAGGCUUUCUGGAACUUCGAUACACAGCGGCGGAGGUGACGAUGCGCUUAUCAGAGCAUCGUUGAGACGACGACCACAUAAAGCAGUUCCACCUACCCAUAGAAAUAGUUUCCAAGGUCUAGAAGGCGACACGGGACUACCAGCAGCAUCAACACCAACACCAUUUGGCACAGCAGGCACCAGGCGCACGGUGUACGUAGCAGAUGAAGAUGCUAGUGCUAAUCUGAAUACUAAGCCACAAAGUACACCUAUCAAAGAAAACCCAACUUACUUGGUAUACAAUCGAAUUUCGACUGUAAUUGGUGAUGGUGCCUGUCAAAGCAUGAAUGAUCGACCAGCCACAGAUCAACACAGGUCAAUGUCUGAACAUCCGAGAUCUGCAGUAGAAGAGAGCUUGCCGGAAAGAGACGAUCUCAGAAAUGAUAGGAGGUCUAUAAAUCGGAAUGAGAAAACGGAUAACUCGAAAGAAUCGGCAAUUUGGUACGAGUAUGGUUGUGUAUGAGGUAUUUUUUGAAUGUUUAUUGACUAAUUUAGGAUGGAAGUUGGGAAUGUAUUACAGACUGAUGAGAUGCCUUGUAUUUUGAUAUUCGAUAUGAUCGCGCGGUUGGAAUAUUGCAAACAUACUUAAGACAAAUUGGCAAUGUUUUGAUAAUGUGAUAAAAUACUUUUUUUAUUUUAUUUUGAAACCAGUAUUAGUUGGCAUUUACUUUGUUGAUAUGGGUGACAAUAAAUUUCCUGUUUAGCUUUAAAACCUGUAACGUAAACGUCUAUGACACGAAUAUCAGUAAAUAAUAAACAGCAUAGUACGUAAAAUUAGGUUUCAUAGUUUGGAUGCAUCAAUAAUCAUGGUUUAUAAGGCAGCUAAUUAUUUUGAAAUAAUAAAAUUAAGUACAAACUUAAUUUAUUUUCUAUGAAAAAGGUAUGAAUGGUACCUAGACAUGACUAAGAUUUUUGUUUGUUGAUAUUUAUUUUAAACUUUACGCACUGUACAAAACAUUUAGGGCAGCUGUUCUAAAAUAUAAUUGUCUACAAAUAGAAUCACGUAAAUGAAGCCUGUUUUUCUCUCUUUCGGACCAUUUCUUCUUAGUAUAAUUUGUUUACAGUAGUUAGUAGUACUAGCUUAUAUGAUUUACCGGUGUAGUAAAGACUAACAACAUAAUAGCAUAAAGCUUGCUAUUUAACAGUGGAAUAAUUUUAAUGUAAUGUAUGGAUCAAUUUUAUUUUACAGGACCAAAUAAUUUACUAUUUUAGAUUAAAUACAUUUUAUUUACUUUACUUUUUGAGAUUAAUACUCAAACUUAUUUUGAGGCUAUUAAGAUGCAUCAAUAAAAUUUAUGUAAAUCUUUUUUAUUCAUGUAAAUAUAAGUUUAAUUUGUAGUUUGAUUAAUACAAUACCUACACUUUGUGAUGUUUUUCUUAGUUUAUUGCCUUGCCAGUGAUAUCUGUGACUUCUGGAAUACAUAAUAUUAUUGUAUUAUCGUUUCUCAGUGUAUGUAUUUGAUAGGUUAUCUUUCCGUAUACUAUGUACCAAGCUGAAAAUGCCGAAAAUAUGGAAUAUUAUUUUUCUGGAGUAAAUUAUUUUGUACAUAGAAUUUAUAAAUUUAGCGAUGGUUGUGACGAGAAUGGAAUAGGUACUGAAUGCUCUCUUUUUAUAGACUCCUCGUCUAACAUAACAUGUGUAUGUAAUGCAAUGUACCAAAAUGACAAAACCAUUGCUUUUAUAUUACCAUGAUUAUAUUGUUCAAAAUAAUGUAUUCUAUAAAAAUAAUCACAAUAAAGUUAACCAUCAGCUUUUGGUACAUAUUGUAUGAUAUUCUUUACUUAUAUUUUGUGUGUCAAGCACUUAUGUACAAAUAUAUUUUAUUUGUAUGUUAUUAUUGUACAAGUACUUAGUGUACCUAUUUUGUAUGUUUAUCUCUAGUUUCUUUUAAUAAGAAGUUAAUGAUAUUAUUACAGUUACAGUAAUCUUUAUUAAUAUUUCAUUACACAUUUUGUUCCAGUACAAACAAACGUAAUAUGACAGCUUAUGUUGCAUUGUCGUAGGUACUUUGCGAUCAUAAAUAGGUAGAUUAAGUUUAUUGUGUUAACAACUAAAAAAAACUUUGUAAAUCUUUCUCUUAUUCAAUUCAUUAUAAAUUGGAUGAUGUAUAUUUGUUUUUCAUAGAAAUAUACUUAGCAGUGGACCUCUGAAACAGUUAUUAAAUAGCAGCAAGUACAUUAUUGUUGUAGACUAGUGCCUUUUGAUGCCCCAUAAUUUGAUUUAAUCGAAUGUUAAUAAUAUACUUGUUUAUUGGUACUAAAGAUGGUGCUUUUCAUCACUGUGAUGAAAUCAUUGCAGAAAAUUGUUUAAAGUGUGAUUAUAAUAUUUAUUUGAUAAACAGCUUUUGACAAAAAAUGUCUGACUUCCAAAUUAUUUGGUAAUAAUUGAAGUAAAGGCUAUUUUUUCCUAAUUUAGGUGAAGCACAAAAAUGUACUGAUUUAUUUCUCCAUGGACAUACAAUGACUUAUGAUUUUAACUCCAUUUUUUUGAUAUUAUUUGUAAUUUACUUUUAUUAUAGUAAGGUACUUAAUAAAUGCCUCUCACCGAAUUUAUAUUUUAGCACACACAUUUAACUUCUCGAAUACAGUUCUUAUUAAACAU